AUGCUCGGUUGCGGAAGGUUCCGGCGGCUUUUCCGCCAGCUCACCCUGCAGACCAGCCUGCUGCUGCUCUUCCUCUUCUGCAUGGUCAGCGUCUUCGUCUCCGCCUACUUCCUGUACGGCGUGAAGCGGGAGCUGGAGCCGGCGGGCGGCGGAGGGGUCGGCCCAGAGGGCCUCUCUGCGGACUGCGACGACCCCAAGGUCACGCCCUCGCGGCUCCUCCCGCUGAAGACAGUGCGGCCCUCGGACACGUCGCGGACGGACCCCGUGGUGCUGGUGUUCGUGGAGAGCCUCUACUCACAGCUGGGCCAGGAGAUCGUGGCCAUCCUGGAGUCCAGCCGCUUCAGGUACCGCACGGAGAUCUCCCCGGGCAAGGGCGACAUGCCCACGCUCACCGACAAGGACCGCGGCCGCUUCGCGCUGGUCAUCUACGAGAACAUCCUCAAGUACGUCAACCUGGACGCCUGGAACCGGGAGCUGCUGGACAAGUACUGCGUGGAGUACGGUGUGGGCAUCAUGGGCUUCUUCAAGGCCAAUGAGAACAGCCUCCUGAGCGCGCAGCUGAAAGGGUUCCCGCUCUUCCUCCACUCCAACCUGGGCCUGAAGGACUGCAGCGUCAACCCCAAGUCGCCCCUCCUCUUCAUCACCAAGGCCCGGGAGGUGGAGCGGGGCCCGUUGCCCGGCGACGACUGGACCGUGUUCCAGUCCAACCACUCCACCUACGAGCCGGUGCUGCUCGCCAAGACCAAGUCCGCCGACAGCCUGCCGCCGCUGGGCCUGGGCCCGGCCCUGCACACCUCCGUGGUGCAGGACCUGGGCCUCCACGACGGCAUCCAGCGCGUGCUCUUCGGCAACAACCUCAACUUCUGGCUGCACAAGCUGGUCUUCGUCGACGCCGUGUCCUUCCUCACGGGCAAGCGGCUGUCGCUGUCGCUCGACCGCUACCUGCUGGUGGACGUCGACGACAUCUUCGUGGGCAAGGAGGGCACGCGCAUGAAGGUCCCCGACGUCAAGGCUCUGUUGGAGACGCAGAAUCACCUCCGAACCUACGUGCCCAACUUCACCUUCAACCUGGGCUUCUCCGGAAAGUUCUUCCAUGCAGGUACAGACGAGGAGGACCUUGGUGAUGACCUCCUGCUGUCCUAUGUGAAGGAGUUCUGGUGGUUUCCUCACAUGUGGAGCCACAUGCAGCCGCACCUCUUCCACAACCAGAGCGUGCUGGCCGAGCAGAUGCUCCUGAACCGCCGCUUCGCCGCUGAACACGGAAUCCCCACUAACCUGGGCUACGCGGUGGCUCCCCACCAUUCGGGCGUGUACCCGGUGCACGUGCAGCUGUACGACGCCUGGAAAAAGGUUUGGGGGAUCAAGGUGACGAGCACGGAGGAGUACCCCCACCUGAAGCCUGCACGCUUCCGCAGAGGGUUCAUCCACAGCGGGAUCAGCGUGUUGCCGCGGCAGACGUGUGGGCUCUUCACUCACACCAUCUUCUAUAAGGAGUAUCCUGGAGGCCCAAAGGAGCUGGAGAAGCUCAUCAACGGGGGCGAGCUUUUCCUCACUGUCCUCCUCAACCCUAUCAGCGUGUUCAUGACGCACCUGUCCAACUACGGGAACGACCGGCUGGGCCUGCUGACGUUCCGGAGCCUGGUGCGCUUCGUGCAGUCCUGGACCCACCUGCGGCUGCAGACGCUGCCGCCCGUGCAGCUGGCCCACAAAUACUUCCAGAUCUUUCCGGAGGAGCGGGAGCCGCUCUGGCAGGACCCCUGUGAGGACAAAAGGCACAAGGACAUCUGGUCAAAAGAGAAAACGUGCGACCGGUUCCCCAAGCUCCUGGUCAUCGGACCUCAGAAGACAGGUACCACAGCGCUCUACCUCUUCCUGGGGAUGCACCCAGACCUGACCAGUAACUACCCCAGCAAAGAGACCUUCGAGGAGAUCCAGUUCUUCAAUGGCCACAACUACCACAAGGGAAUCGACUGGUACAUGGAGUACUUCCCUCUCCCGUCCAACACCAGCUCGGACUUUUACUUUGAGAAAAGCGCCAACUACUUCGACUCGGAGGUGGCGUCUCGACGGGCGGCAGCGCUACUCCCCAAAGCGAAAAUCAUCACCAUCCUGAUAAACCCCGCGGACCGGGCCUACUCCUGGUACCAGCACCAGCGGGCCCACGACGACCCCGUGGCGUUGAAGUACACCUUCCACGAGGUCAUCACGGCAGCCCCCGACGCCCCGAUCAGGCUCCGCGUGCUCCAGAACCGCUGCCUGGUUCCAGGCUGGUACGCCACACACCUGGAGCACUGGCUCAACCACUACCACCCCAGCCAGCUCCUGGUUCUGGACGGCCAGAUGCUCAGAACCGAGCCAGCGUCGGUGAUGGACAAGAUCCAGAAGUUUCUGGCCCUGGCCAACACAGUCAACUACCACAAGAUCCUGGCGUUUGACCCCAAGAAGGGCUUCUGGUGCCAGCUUCUGGACGGAGGGAAAACCAAGUGUCUGGGAAAAAGCAAAGGCAGGAAGUAUUCAGAGAUGGACUCGGAUUCGCGGCUCUUCCUGCGGGAGCACUACAGGGAUCAUAACGUGGAGCUGUCUAAGCUGCUGUACCGUGUGGGCCAGUCCCUGCCCGGCUGGCUGCGCGAGGAGCUGGUGCACAGCAGGUAGCAGGAGCCCCGGCCCCAUAGGACACUCCGCUCUGCCUGUCACUGACGCGUCCAAUCAGGACCCGGGAGAGAGAGGAAGGGGGCGGGGCCUGUGCCAAUGUCAGACCUCAGUAUUGGACCGCACCCAGGACCUCGGGCUGGGCUUGGUCUCCAGGACGACCAGGCAGGGGCGUGGGGUGGAGGGGAGACGGGGGUGGGGGCUCCACCCCUUCCCACCCAGCCCCCUGUGGGACAGCUGGGCCCAGUUUUACUGGGACUCACACCAUGCACAGGAGAGGCCGAAAAAACCUUUUAUUCCCCUCCCAGUUUAUAUACACACCACAUGCGCACACACACACACACACACACACACACACACACACACACCACAUGCAAACACAGACAAACAAAAGACUUUUGGGAGAACAGAGGAUCAAGAUGUCGUCUACACAGUGCCAGUGGCUAAGCACUCAAAUGCUCAGCUUUAAUGGAGUUGCAGGUGCCACAGCGGAAUCAUUCCCCAGGAACGCGGACUAUUAAACAGUUCCCUUUCAGUUUCUUUUUUUUUUUGCGGGGGGGGAGUGGGGUUCCCCAUUUUUGAGGCUGUGACCAUUUACAGUUGCGGGUAUCGUACCUUAGAGUAUUGCGCUGCCAACCGUGUUGGGCAGCACUGCUGAUACCCAAUUGAAAAGGUAUGAAACAUUUGAUGUUUUUUUUUGUUUUUGUUUUUUUAAUAUGGAGGAGUACAGUUGAGCGACGUGGGCACAGUGUGAAGUGGUAUGCAGAGGCAGGCCGCGGGUGGGGAGGGAUGUGUGAAAGAGAAAAGCAUCGUAAUGCAGCAAAGAGAGGUCGUGCCACAUCCACCCGAAAAGCUCAAUCCGGGAACGUCUAUGUGCGUUGUCAUCCGGGAACGCUCUGCGUGCGUACGGUCGUUUUUUUUAAAGUCACAAACUCGCUGGCUCGUGUUCCUCUUGUCAGAACGCGUGUUUGAGCAGCGCAUGUGUCCUGUGAGAACCCACUGCUGCAGUAUACGGGGGGGGGGGGUUCCAGUGCUCGACUGAAAAUGAGUUUGGGUUCGGCACUUCGGACCAGCGCCGAAGGUCGGACCGCAUCUCCCAGCAUGCACCUCUCGCAUUGCCUCCGGAGGAUAACGGGACUGCGUAGCCACUGCUCGCUCACUUUCUGCAGUAGGAUUUAAAUGAAGAUGUUGUGCUAAGCCUUUCCGUCCUUUCUUUCUGUAUGGAGUCAUUAAGUCAUGAAUAUACAUUUAUUUUUUUAUUUUAAUGAAGAUUCGGCUAAGCCUAGCGAUUCGCCUGAGGCUGUAGUCUGUAGUCUGGAGUGACAAGCUACUGUAGUGCUUCUGGGCUACUUGUGCAUGAUCGCUUGGUGUUAAUGAUGUCACUUCCCGUUUUAUGAUGUCACUUCCCAUUUCAGAACCAAUCGACAGCUGCAAUCUGAAGGCGGAUGUUUUCUGUGGCGCGUGUGUGUCUGUACAGCUCCCGGUGCUUCUCUGACAGUGCUGUCUAAGUUUCUGACCCUGACGCUGAACGCUACAGUCAGUGAUGAGUGAGGGAGUUAGGCUUCUUGAUUUUACACCAGCCUCCAUUAAACCAGAGCAGGCCCAGCAUUUAAUUAACU